AUGCCUCAUCGCUCGCGGAUUCCGGAUCCCGCGGCGGCCGUUUCACUUGCGCAUGGAGAUGCGCUGACGUCGCUUCUCGAUCUGACGGCUGCCGUCGUCAUUGCCGCCAGAGGCGCUAAGAUUCUCUCUGCUAGCAUGGGAGCGUGCGAGCUGCUGCAACAGGAGCCGGGGUCACUAGAGAACCGAUCCAUGCUGGAGCUGCUCCAUUUGAACGAUCAGCCGCUCUUCAUGCACAAGUGGUGUUUUGAGACGUCUCAAAGGUUCGCCACUCACCGCUUGCCUCUUUGCCCCUUCUGCAGCACAAGUGGUGUUUUGAGACGUCUCAAUGGUUCGCCACUCACCGCUUGCCUCUUUGCCCCUUCUGCAGCACAAGUGGUGUUUCGAGACGUCUCAAAGGUUCGCCACUCACCGCUUGCCUCUUUGCCCCUUCUGCAGCACAAGUGGUGUUUUGAGACGUCUCAAUGGUUCGCCACUCACCGCUUGCCUCUUUGCCCCUUCUGCAGCACAAGUGGUGUUUUGAGACGUCUCAAAGGUUCGCCACUCACCGCUUGCCUCUUUGCCCCUUCUGCAGCACAAGUGGUGUUUUGA